AUGGAACCGAAAUCAAUUCAGGUCUCAGGAAACGGUAGACCACUGAGCAUUGCACAGUUGAAUAUCGAGGCCGCCUCGGGUCCGAUGGUCGGCUAUCUUACGCACAGAAGCAGCAUCUUUGGCCAAAGCGACAUCAUGUGCACUCCCAAUUGGUCUUUACACUGGGGAUGGAUCCCUACAGAAGAUGAACCGCAUCCGUUUAGCAAGUCAUACACUUUCAAGCCUUUGAUACCGAGUAUCUCGCAAGAAGCUCCAGAACCACAGGACAAGUUAUCCUGGGCGGAUCCUGGCUUUGCCAGCGACGUGCCAGACAGCUCGUUAUGGUUGGCCGCAUCAUUGCUGAAGGACACGACCGACAACCGGCUCGCACCCCUCUAUGAAUGCAACGAGGCUUCAUCAGCAGUCUCUGGUGAGAAAGAAACUCACGACGUGGUCAUGGAAGAUGAUGAUGGCAAAAGGCGAGGAAGCAGCAACUCUGCUGAUCAGCAAGCUACUGAUACAGAAGAACAAAGGCGCAUGCGCCGCAUAAUUCAAAAUUUGAAACAGUUCGAAAGCGAGCAGAAAAAAUAUGGGAAGCAGCAGCUGAAGGCAAUAGAAAAUAGCUCCGCUUAG